AUGCGUGAAUUCUACGCCGUCACAGGCUUCCCGCAAGCCACCGGCGCCUUGGAUGGCUGCCACUUUCCUGUCUCGCCGCCGAAAGAGCAUGCCACGGACUAUUAUAAUUACAAAGGCUGGUACAGCAUCAUACUCCUGGCAGUAGUGGACCACAAAUACCAUUUUCGGUAUAUCAACGUUGGAAGUCCCGGAAGGUGCCAUGAUGCCAGCGUGAAUGGCCGAUCUAAGCUGCAUACGCUGAUCGAGAAUGGGACCUUCAGCUCUCCCAUGGCAAUUAUAGAGGGCAUCAACGUUCCGCCCAUUAUUCUGUGCGAUAAGGCAUUACCCUUGUCACCGAACCUGCAAAAGCCAUUUCCAAAUGCUCAGCCUGGAAGCCGUGAAGGAGUGUUCAAUUACAACCUUUCAAAGACUAGGAGGAUUGUCGAGAAUGGUUUCGGGAGGCUAAAGGCACGCUUUCGCUUCGUGAUGAAAAGGAUGGAGUGCAAGCUGAAGAAGGCCAAACUGGCUAUUCGAGCUGCCUGUGUUCUUCACAAUAUCUGUGAGGCAAUGAAAGACAGUGUAGAGCUCCAGUGGGAAAGUGAGGCACGUGCAUUGGACAUGUAUGCACAGCCAUCACGCAACACCGAAGAAUACAGUGGGGGAGGGCAAGAGGCGACCAUCCGGCUCACGACGUGA